CUGUGAAAAACCUGGUAUAAUAAGAGCAAAGAUUAGGUUAAAUGAUCCCUGGGAUGAGUUUUCAUUAUUAAAACCAAAUGUUAAUAUUGGAAGUCUUGCCAAAGAAAAGCAAGUAGAUCUUUGGAAAAAUAUUAGCCCGUAUUGUCCCAUUGCUUUUCGUAACAAACUUUGCCCAAAACUGGAUGACAAUUUAAUAGAGAGGGUUGGAAGACGUAGGAGAGCUCGUGCAAAAGAUGCACGAAAUUAA